GGGUGGGAAAAGCUUAUGGGUUCAGAAUACACUAGAUCAAGAAGAACUAGAUCAAGUGUUAAUUCGCCUCACCAUAUGAAUGCCAAGGAAAAGGAAUCAAUUAAGGCGGAGAUACGCAAAGAGGUGCAAGAACAAUUGCAAAGUCAAUUCAAUGCCAUUUUAAAGCACAUGAACUUGCCAACCUUGUCUUUGCCCCCGAUAACCCCAGUGGACUCAUGUAGUCACCCAGAAGAUGCCGGGGACGAUCCACUUGUUGAGAGAGAGAUUCCUACUCCUACGCAUGCAGACUCAAGGGGGAUUGCAAACCAGACACCUGAUCCUUUUCCAGAUGUUCAGGAAGAGACGCCUUGUGAGCUUUUUCACCCCGGCAAAAACGUGGAUGGAGAGUUGGUGGGGUAUGGUAGCGCACAACCGUUUGACAAGGUCCAUUUUAAGUCUAAUACUAGUACCCACUAUAUCUCGGUCGGGAUCAAUUCCAUAGUACCAGGGUUUGAGGACUUGCCACUACCGGCACCUAGAGAGGAAUAUGACUUCAUCACGCUGCUUGAUGCGAAAGGUAGCUUUGUGCAAUGGCCACGUGAUCGGGUGAGGUUGAUAGGAGGGGAAGAAGGUGGAGAAGCCAAAAUCUAAGAAUGUCCAACCUACAAAGAACAUGGAACAAGGACAAGGGUUGAAGAGUUCGAGAGGUUCUGCCACGAGUUGUACUCCACUAGUAGAAGUCGGCAUCCUGAAUUCGCUCUCUAGAGCUUGUACUUUUCUUCAUAACCGUGUGAGUGAGUUGCCUAGGGGUAGAUCUAUUGAAGUGAUUUUACUAAGGCAUUGUUUCACUAUGAUGAGGAUGGGAUCGCACCAAUUGCAAAAGAGGAUGUGAAGGAAUUUCUAUCCGGUGCCAUGCUUAACAUUUCCAUCGUUCAAGCUUUCAU